AUGGAAGCCAAACAAUGGGAAGAAAAAGACGAGGGUGAAGUUACAGAAACCCCUUCAAAAUCAAAAUCAAAAUCUGCAGAAUACGAAGCUGUGGUACGUGCAGGCCCGCAUCUCAGACCCCUUCAACAAGUUCAUGCUCAUCUCGUGGUCUCAGGUUGUCACCGGAGCCGAGCUCUCCUCACUAAACUCCUCACUUUGUCUUGUGCCGCAGGUUCCAUUGCCUACACUCGUCGACUCUUUCGCUCCGUGUUCGACCCAGAUUCUUUCCUCUUCAAUUCCCUCAUCAAAGCUUCCUCCAAGUUCGGUUUCUCUCUUGAUGCCAUCCAUUUCUACUCUCGCAUGUUGCUCUCGCGUAUUGCACCUUCCAGUUACACCUUCACCUCUGUGAUCAAGGCUUGUGCUGAUCUUUCGGCCCUCCGAGUUGGCAGGGUUAUUCAUUCCCAUGUUUUGGUUACUGGGUAUGGCUCGGAUUCAUUUGUCCAAGCUGCAAUCAUUGCGCUUUACGCGAAAUCAAGUGCACUAGGUAUUGCCCGGAAGGUGUUCGAUAAAAUGCCUCAAAGAAGUGUUGUUGCUUGGAAUUCGAUGAUUUCUGGUUAUGAACAGAACGGGCUUGCCAAUGAAGCAGUGGUGCUGUUUCACAAGAUGCGUGAGUUGGGGGUCGAUCCAGAUUCCGCAACUUUUGUUUGUGUGUUAUCUGCUUGCUCUCAACUGGGAUCACUUGAUUUGGGGUGUUGGGUGCAUGACUUUAUCAUUAGCAAUGGAAUUCGUGUGAAUGUGGUUCUUUCUACCUCUUUGAUAAGCAUGUUUUCACGGUGUGGUAAUGUAAGCAGAGCACGUGUGGUUUUUGAUUCAAUGAACGAGGGGAAUGUUAUUGCAUGGACAGCUAUGAUAUCUGGGUAUGGUAUGAAUGGUUAUGGUGUUCAAGCAAUGGAGCUUUUCAAUCGAAUGAAAACAUGUGGGCUAGCUCCUAAUACUGUCACUUUUGUUGCUGUCUUAUCUGCAUGUGCUCAUGCAGGGCUAAUACAUGAAGGGCGCCAAGCUUUUGCAAGCAUGAGAAAGGAGUAUGGUCUGAUUCCAGGAGUGGAGCACCAUGUUUGUAUGGUUGAUAUGCUUGGGCGUGCAGGGUUGCUCAGUGAAGCAUACCAGUUCAUCAAAGAACUUAGUCCUGAGGAGCUUGUUCCAGCAGUAUGGACUGCAAUGCUAGGGGCUUGCAAGAUGCAUAAGAAUUUUGAUCUUGGGGUGGAAGUUGCUGAGAAUCUCAUCUCUGCAGAGCCAGAGAAUCCAGCUCAUUAUGUAUUGCUUUCUAACAUGUAUGCAUUGGCAGGAAGGAUGGAUAGAGUGGAAUCGGUUAGAAACAUAAUGAUCCAAAGAGGCCUAAAAAAGCAAGUAGGUUAUAGCACCAUAGAUGUCAACAAUAAAACUUACCUUUUUAGCAUGGGUGACAAGUCCCUCCCUGAGACUAAUGAAAUUUAUCAUUAUUUGGAUGAAUUGAUGUCGAGGUGCAAGGAAGCAGGUUAUGCACCUGUUCCUGAAUCGGCAAUGCAUGAGUUGGAAGAAGAAGAGAGGGAAUAUGCCCUCAGAUACCAUAGUGAGAAGCUUGCAGUAGCAUUUGGGCUAAUGAAAACUAGCCAUGGAAUGACUCUCAGGAUUGUCAAGAACCUUAGGAUGUGUGAAGACUGUCAUUCAUCAAUUAAGUUCAUCUCGGUUGUAACAAAUAGAGAGAUAAUCAUUCGGGAUAAGCUUCGUUUUCAUCAUUUCAGAGAAGGCUCAUGUUCUUGUUUAGAUUAUUGGUGAUAGGAUUUAUACCGGCGUGAAUCUGAUUAAUUGGAGAUUAUUUUGAGAACAAUUUAUGAAGAGAAUGGUAGUGUUUCAAUUUGCAUAAUUAAAGUAUGCGCGAGGAAUAAUAUAAUAUGGCAUUCAAAACGAAGAUGACAGGAAUUUUGGUCGUGAUUAACAUAUGAAUUCAUCAGCAUUUUUGAGAGAACCUAUGUUUGCACCAAAAUCACAAAUUGGUGCUGCUUCAACUAGCUGAAGGAGUUUUGUUAAGACUAUCUUUUAAGUUUCUUACGUGCAGUGAAAGGCUACUGAAGACUAUAUAGUGUAUAUAGUAAUAAGGGACAGCGGCUUAUCAUGUGAUAUGGC